AUGGCCUUUCCGGAAGCCAAACAGACAAUGAUUCCCAAAAAGGAGAUUGGAGCCCUUGAAUUCCUCGAAAAAUUCCCUACAUACGAUGGAAGGGGAACUAUAAUCGCCAUCUGGGAUACUGGUGUGGAUCCGACUGCCAAAGGAUUGCAGGUAACCUCGAAUGGAAAACCAAAGAUUAUUGAUUUUAUCGACGCAAGUGGCUCUGGGGAUGUUAGGAUGCUGAAAACCUUCAGUAUUACGUCCACGGAAAGGCAAAUUACAACUUUGACUGGCCGAACAGUGACUAUUCCCGAUCACUGGAAUCCCAAGGAUGGAAUCAUUCGAGUGGGCGUUAAGCCAGCCUGUGAGCUUUUUCCCUCCCAACUGAUGGAUCGAGUCAGCGAGGAGACCAAAAUUCGUUGCUGGGAUCCACAUAUGAAAAGGACUUCAGUUCGAGUAAAGGAGGCCCUCACAAAUUGCCAGUAUAAUCUGGCAGCCCAGUGCGCUACUAGCAAAAGGGCGGCAGCCAGCACGACAACCGCCAGUUCAGUUGCAUUGUACCUCCUCUCUGCGGUGCAGCUCAAGUAUCGCCUGAUGGUUUUCGAAAUACCACCACUCUUCAAGGGUAAGCAUAAAAUAACAAGCUUAUUUGAAACCGACUGUUCCAUCAAAUUGUGCUGUAGAGAGCUGCUGUAG